AUGGCGAUACCCAAGGCGAUGCGCCUACUGGGCGGCGCCACAUUCCUCGUCUUCCUUUUCGUCCUCGUCACCCUCUACCGAAGCGAACCCACCGCGAUCAAGCUACCCACCGAGGGCAUCAAAGAGGGCACGAAGCCCAAGACUGGGCUACGUCCGCAAGGCUGGGACCACGACCCGCAGCUAGAUCCAUCUGGCGAAGCCCCCGAGCCACUCCGCCGCGUGAAUGGCAAAAACUACGACCCAGACAACGCGAACAGCGACCGUAUAAACGCUACACUGCUCAGCCUCGUACGCAAUGAGGAGCUCAACGACAUGCUGCAGAGCAUGCACGACCUGGAGCGCACGUGGAACCACAAGUUCAACUACCCGUGGACCUUCUUCAACGACGUGCCCUUUACCGACGAUUUCAAACAGAAGACGAGCGCGGCGACAAAGGCAAAGACAUCGUACCAUACUAUACCCAAGGAGCACUGGGAAAUUCCCUCGUGGAUAAACAAAGACCUCUACGCGGCGUCCAAGCAGCGCCUAAAGGAAAAGAACGUCCAGUAUUCAGAAAUGGACUCUUACCACCAAAUGUGCCGUUGGAACUCCGGCGUCUUCUACCAGCACGAGGCCCUCAAGGACGUACAGUACUACUGGCGCGUCGAGCCCAAGGUGCACUUCUUCUGCGGCGUCGACUACGACGUCUUCGGCUGGAUGCAGGACCACAACAAGACAUACGGCUUUACCCUCACGCUGCUCGACUCCCCCGACAGCGUCGAAACGCUCUGGCCCGAAACCUUGAAGUUCCUGGCGGACCACCCUGAGUACGAGGCCAAGAACAACGCGAAGGGCUUCUUGACCGAGGAGAAAGAGAAGGGCCAUAACCAGAUCACGAAAGGCUACUCCACUUGCCACUUCUGGUCCAACUUUGAGAUCGCAAAUCUGGACCUCUGGCGGAGCAAGGCCUACACGCAGUACUUUGAGCAUCUCGACAAGGCGGGCGGCUUCUUCUACGAGCGGUGGGGCGACGCGCCGGUGCACAGCGUGGCCGUUGGCUUGUUCGAGGACAAGAGCAAGGUCCAUUGGUUCCGCGACAUCGGAUAUCAGCACAUCCCGUUCUUUAAUUGCCCUAACAACGGAAAGUGCUCGGGCUGCGAGGCAGGCCGUUUCACCGACGGUGAUGACUGGCUCAACUCGCAGGACUGCCGCGCCGUCUGGUUCAAGUACGCCGGCAUGGACUGA